AUGCAGUUUGAAUCAGGUGAUAGUUUAUACAUCGUUCUUAAUCGCCUUCUUCGAGCCGAAAAACGUGAUUGUCUCGUCCCCUGGUUCAAAUUUCUGAAGUUAUUUAUCACGGCUUUAUGCAAGUUAGAUUCAAUUCGUGCUACAGUUUGGCGAGGUGUACGAGGUGGUGAUUUGAGUCUACAAUAUCCAACUGGUCGGCAAUUUGCUUGACUAUGUAUAGCAAUUGAAUCUGCUGAUUUUCCUAUGGCCGCGAAUGAUACUUGCUUUUUAUACUGUCCACACAAACAUGUAACACUUAUCAAUGCAGAAGGUCAAGAAUUACUCACCGUGAAACGAAAGUUCGAUGUACUCGAUAUUUGUUGGUCAUCCUACCUGGAGCAGUUCCUCAUGUUGUCCAUAUUAGGUAGAAAAAACCAAUAUCUUGAAUUAAUUCGCUCGAAUGGAACACAUCUUGGUUUUAUGCUCAAUCAACAUGAUAUAGAACGUAAUUGGUUCGAACUACGCCGACCAGAGGAUAUGAGUGUUUUACACUCAGCUGAUUUAGUAUAUAACGACUAUGUGCACCGAGUAAUGGCAUUGCCAAAUACUGAAUUCUUAAUUCAUGCACAUGAUGGUAAGCAAUUAUUUGUGCUUAAUAAGAAUGGAUCACUUAAACCGCCUAUUAAACCAUAUGCAAAUAAGAAAGGAAUAGUGUCAACAGCAUUUAUCAAGGAUGUAAAAUGCUUUGUUAUACAAACAAAUGAACCUCGAGAAUUACAUUUCUAUGAUUUAUGA